ACUCUCAAAUGUCAUCUCAAUCUCGACCCAUCUGUUCGUCUACUUCCACCAUCUCUUCUUCUUCUACCCCAAUUCUAUUUUCCACCUUACCACAGAAAUAGACAAAGAGGAGAAAACAAAUCUGCAGAGGAAGUGACCGCUCAUUUUCUACUCUCGGGAGGGAGAGCUACUCCUUGGCUACUCUCAGUAGGCCAGGACUCUCUUUUUGAUUCUUCGAACCCAAACUAAAACUCUAUCUUUUUGAUUCAUUUGUUUCUUCUCCGCUGCCCUCGUCAUAGACCCUGCAUUAUUUAGGCAGAAAUAGCUUUUAAUUCAAUUGAAGGCGACAUUCACUGUAUAUUAGUCCGUGAUGCUUGAUUGCUUCGCGUUGUAGUGUGAUAAAUCAUAUUUGGGUUCUCUUCAGUUUCUGAGGAACGGCAGUUUUUGGCAUUAAAUCGCGUUAAAUUCUCCAUUUUUUCUUGAAGAAAUGGUGAAUUUGGGAUUGAACAAGUCCAGGAAAUCAGUGAAUGUCAGCUUCAGAAUACCUUACUACACUCGAUGGGGUCAAAGCCUGCUAGUAUGCGGCUCCGAACCGGUGCUGGGUUCAUGGAAUGUGAAGAAGGGAGUGUUACUGAAUCCUGUUCAACAGGGCGGUGAGCUCAUAUGGCGUGGAAGCAUCGCUGUCCCCAGUGAGUUCCGAUGUGAGUACAGUUAUUAUGUGGUUGAUGAUGAAAGAAAGGUUCUGAGAUGGGAGGCUGGGAUGAAGCGUGAGCUGAUGCUUCCUGAUGGGGUUCAGAGUGGAGAGCUCGUACAGUUAAAUGAUCUUUGGCAGACUAGUUCUGAUGCUAUUCCUUUCAGAAGUGCAUUUAAAAAUGUCGUCUUUCGCCGAAGUGGGAGGUUGCAUGUGGAGAGACCAUUGGGAGUCAUUCAGAAUCAGUUAGGCAAGGAAGAUUCAGUCCUUGUCCGUUUCAAAAUUUGCUGCCCAAAUGUAGAUGAAGGCACAUCAGUUUAUGUGAUUGGUAGCCCUGCAAAGUUGGGAGACUGGAGGAUACAAGAUGGACUAAAACUUAGUUAUGCUGGUGAAUCAAUCUGGCAGGCAGAUUGUGAGAUGCGAAAGGAUGAUUUUCCAAUAAAAUACAAGUACUGUAAAUAUGGUAGAACAGGAAACACUUCUUUGGAAAUUGGUUCAAAUCGAGAACUUUCUAUUGACUCUAGUAAUAAGCCAAAAUUCAUUUAUCUUUCGGAUGGCAUGCUGCGAGAAAUGCCUUGGCGGGGUGCUGGUGUUGCAAUACCCAUGUUUUCUGUUAGAUCAGAAGCUGAUCUUGGAGUGGGAGAAUUUCUUGACCUGAAACUACUUGUUGAUUGGGCUGUUCAGUCGGGGUUUCAUUUACUUCAGCUUUUACCAAUCAAUGAUACUUCUGUGCAUGGGAUGUGGUGGGAUUCAUAUCCCUACAGCUCUCUUUCUGUUUUUGCACUUCAUCCAUUAUACCUUAGAGUAGAAGCAAUUUCAAGAAAUACUCCAGAGGAUAUCAAGCAAGAAAUUCUGAAGGCAAAAGAGCAACUGGAUGGGAAGGAUGUGGAUUAUGAUGCUACCAUGGCUACCAAGCUUUCAAUUGCCAAGAGAAUUUUCGCCAUUGAAAAGAGUUCGAUACUGGAAUCUAGUUCCUUUCAGAAUUUUUUUUCUGAGAAUGAGGAUUGGUUGAAACCAUAUGCGGCCUUCUGUUUUCUUCGGGAUUUUUUUGAAACAUCUGAUCACAGUCAGUGGGGUCGCUUUUCUCACUUUUCUGAAGACAAGCUUGCAAAGCUUGUCUCAAAGGACAGUAUUCACUAUGACAUAAUUUGCUUUCACUAUUAUAUACAGUUCCAUUUACAUUUACAAUUGUCAGAAGCUGCGGAAUAUGCACGAAAGAAAGGAGUGAUUUUGAAAGGAGACCUACCUAUUGGUGUUGACAGAAACAGCGUGGAUACCUGGGUGUAUCCAAAUUUGUUUCGGAUGAACACGUCUACUGGAGCUCCUCCUGAUUAUUUUGAUAAGAAUGGGCAGAAUUGGGGAUUCCCCACUUAUAAUUGGGAGGAAAUGUCAAAAGACAACUAUGCGUGGUGGCGUGCACGUUUGACACAGAUGGCAAAAUACUUCACAGCGUACAGGAUUGAUCACAUAUUGGGCUUCUUUAGAAUCUGGGAGCUUCCAGAGCAUGCUGCCACAGGAUUAGUAGGAAAAUUUCGUCCAUCUAUCCCCCUAAGUCAGGAAGAGCUUGAAAGAGAGGGAAUAUGGGAUUUUGAUCGCUUGAGCAAUCCAUAUAUUCGGCAGGAAUUUUUAGAGGAUAAAUUUGGGGCUUCUUGGACUUCCAUUGCUUCAAAGUUUUUGUAUGAGUUUCAAAAGAAACACUAUAAGUUCAAGGAGGACUGCAACACAGAAAAGAAAAUUGCUUCAAAGCUGAAAUCAUGUGCAGCAAGUUUGUUGGUGUUGGAGGGCGAAGACAAGAUACAACGCAAUCUCUUUGAUCUUCUACAGAAUAUAGUUCUUAUUAGAGAUCCAGAGGAUGCGAGGAAAUUCUAUCCUCGUUUCAAUCUUGAAGAUACAUCAAGUUUUAAAUAUUUGGAUGGUCAUAGCAAAAAUGUUCUGAAGAGAUUAUAUUAUGAUUACUAUUUCCAUCGGCAAGAAAAUCUUUGGUGUGAAAAUGCUUUGAAGACCUUGCCUGCGCUACUGAACUCAUCGGACAUGCUGGCGUGUGGGGAAGAUCUUGGCCUUAUUCCUUCUUGUGUGCACCCCGUCAUGCAAGAAUUGGGAUUAAUAGGCUUACGCAUUCAACGUAUGCCGAGUGAACCAGGUUUGGAGUUUGGUAUUCCUUCCCAGUACAGCUACAUGACGGUGUGUGCUCCAUCAUGCCACGAUUGCUCCACCUUGCGUGCUUGGUGGGAAGAAGAUGAAGAAAGAAAAUGUCGAUUCUUUAAGAGUGUGGUGGGAUCUGACGAUUUGCCACCGGAUCAAUGUAUUCCUGAGAUAGCGCAUUUCAUCCUAAGGCAGCAUGUUGAAGCUCCAUCAAUGUGGGCGAUUUUCCCUCUUCAGGAUUUGUUGGCUCUGAAAGAGGAAUACACAACACGCCCUGUGGUAGAAGAGACUGUCAAUGAUCCCACGAAUCCAAAGCACUAUUGGCGAUACCGUGUACAUGUGACAUUGGAAUCCCUGUUGAAGGAUAACAAUCUUAAAACCAUUAUCAAAGAUCUUGUACGUGGGAGUGGAAGAUCAUUUCCUCUUGUUGAAGAAGAUGAAAAGCAUGAGAAUCAAGGAACAGCUGCGGUAAUUCAAGAAAAACACCAGGUUGAUGGCAGGGGAACGCUUCCUUUUGCUACCCAGCCAAAUGCAGCUCCUCGAAAGGAGAAACUUGCAGUCAUGUAAGUGAACAAAUUGUUCCCUAGAUGCAGCUCCAUUUUUUUUUUCUUGAAGAUGAGAAUUUAUUUGAUGUUCUUUAAACAAGGCUGCUGUUAAAGCUAGACUCUAAAUCUCCAGCUAAUAAUUCACCUUAGUGUAAAAAUAUCAUUUUAAAAACAAUUUAUAGGUGUAUUUGUAUUUUUGAUAAGCUUUAUGCUUCUGCCAGUAUUUUAUUAACAGAAGCAACUGUAACAUGCUAAACGAGGCUUGAAUAAUUCCAGCGAAAUGAGUAAUGUUGGGAACUUUGAAUUA